AUGGCUAGCCUCCUUCGUCUACUACGCACCCAGUAUAACCCUCCGGUCGACCCCAGUGGGGUUUCAUUUGCAGGAAAAACGGUCAUCCUGACCGGAGCUACAUCCGGACUGGGGUUCGAGGCCGCCGUCAAGCUCCUCAAUCUCGGGGUGGAGUCGCUCAUUAUAGGGAGCCGGAACCUCCAGCGAGGCCAAGCGACCAAGACGGAGCUUGAGAAGCUUACAAACAGACCCGGGGUGAUUCAAGUAUGGCAGCUGGAAAUGAACAGCUUCCAGAGCGUCAAGAGUUUCGCAAACCGGGUGAACGAGGAGCUGCACCAAUUGGACAUUGCGUUACUAAACGCCGGAAUAUGGAACCGAGAUUUCGGCGUAUCGCCCGAGGGAUGGGAGGAAACAUUGCAGGUCAAUACGUUAUCCACUUCUCUGUUAGCGCUGUUGCUCCUUCCGAAACUAAGGAGUAGCUCAUCCUUGUCCGACCCGGCUCAUCUUACGGUCGUGUCCAGCCAACAGUUCGUGCGCGUGAAAGCCAAAAGUCUUCGGACGGUGCAGCCGUUAUUAAAGCAUCUGAAUAGCCCGCAGACCUUCAAAGGCCCCAAGCAGUAUGGUAUCUCGAAGCUUCUCCUGGAGUAUGUUCUCAAGACGGUAGCUGGUCUUGUUCGGAAUGAGAAUGGCACUGUGCCGGUCAUCAUUAACACUGUAAGCCCUGGGUUUUGUGUCUCGUCUCUUGGACGGCAGUACAGUAGAUUCUACGAGCGAUGGGCGACGUGGUUGGCUUAUAAGCUCUUUGCGCGCACGGCGGAGCAAGGGAGCCGGUCGUUGGUCAGUGCCACUUAUCAGGGGGUGGAGUCGCAUGGGAAGUGCUGGCGGAGUGAUGGAUAUCUAGAUGAAUCCGUGGCGUUGACAACGGGAGCGGAAGGAAAGCAGUUCCAGGCGAGAGCGUGGACGGAGAUCAUGAACGAGCUGGAGGAGCAAUCCGAGGGGCUGAAGGAGUCAAUCAGGGGGUGGUAA